AUGUACAUGGAUUGCAGCACAUUGAGCAACUUGCUCAUCCAAUUCAAAGCGAUCAUGCGUGACUUUACCAGGAUCGUUCGGAAUGGAAAAUACAUCGUGCUAGUGGAGGACGCGUAUCUUUCUAACGGCAAUUUAGCGGUCGCAAUCGAGCUUGGAUCUGCGUUCUCAACGUACAACGUCGUGUACUGGUGUGUGACUGGGUCGCACCAGGCGGAAGAGCUCCAGUACACGCUGUUUUUUGCGUCGAGCGUUUACUUUAUGAACGGUCCACUGACGUACGCACCGGCGUUUGAGUGGAACCGCGGCCUGUUGCGCAAUGCCACGUUCGAUAUCUACGCCCUAGCAAUGACAUCCUUUCCAUACACCCACUUCCAGGGCAAACAUCGACCGUUUUGUGGGAUUGAUGUGAACAUUUUUGAAACCGUCAUGGAACGAAUUGGCUGUCAACUGAAGGUACGCAUCUUACAACCGACGGAUAGUAUAGACAACGAUAUCGCGGUCAUAACUAGGAGUUUGCAUCGGUUGAAAGCGGACGUAAUGAUGACGCGCCGACACGUGAAUGUGGGUAUUCUGCCCGUCGUGUACAUCCCGGACAUUACGUACUACUGUUUGGUAGCUCCACGCACUACGCAGAUCGACUUGACGCAAUCGUUGCUGCGUCCGUUCUCAGGCACGGUUUGGUGGUUUAUCGUAGUGUGCACGGUUUUGAUAAGCGCAUUGGAUGAACUUUCCAAGCAGCACACUCGGUUGGGACGAUUGGCGCAACAGCUUUUCGAUAGCCAACCGAUCGCAUCCUUCUAUCGCAUCUGUCUCGCGGUCAUUAGCUUCGUCCUUAUUGAGUCGUAUCUCGCUACGGUGACAUCCUUCUUUCUUGCCUACCGGUUCGUGCCGGAUGCGAAAACGUUGGAGGAAUUUUUCGCCACGGGCAUACCGAUAAGGUUGCCGGAGGGGAUGGUCAGAUUUUUGAGGAAUCUUGAACCACGCUUGAAGGAUCGAAUAAUGGCGCGAGGCGUUGGCGCAUCCGUGUGUUCGCCAUACUCUACCCAGUGCGCUCAUCUGGAAAGCUUCGCAAUGGCUUCGUACCAGAUCAGUGAAAACGUCGGCAUUGAUCCGGUUAGCGGUCGAAAGCGGUCAUACAUUGUGCCGGAAAUGGUGACAAGAUACAGCUAUUUAUCCUACGCGUUUGCCCGUGGCUCACCGUUGACCGAUCUGGUGGCGAUGUACCUACGGUGGAUGUAUGAGGCCGGGCUGAUGGGUUUGUUUCGGCACCAGUACGAGCAGUAUCUGCAGCCGACCGUGCACGUACACACGGUGGUGGACAGUUCGCUGGAGUUUGAGCAUCUGAUGUCGCUGUGGAUUUGUGUCAGUAUCGGUUGGGGCGUAUCGUGCGGUGUGUUUGUCAUGGAAAUGGGUCACGGAUGGCUGCAAAGAGUUCUAAAAGGAAGGCGUCAGGUUGCUGGAAAUGCUGGAAAACAGGCUUGGUGUAAAGUGGCAAACAAAACGGGCCCAAUGGCUGGUACGAAGAGUGUGCAAUGAAUUGCCCUAGGACUGGAGCAUAUUAACCCCUAUUUGCUGAGGAGCAAUCGAUGUUGCAUUAAAAGCACGCGUUUUAUUGUCGCUUAUUGCACCCAAGAGUACAAUAAAAGUAUCAUCCUUUUGCACUGCCGAGUGAUGGCAAAACACAAUGGAGCUUUGAACGACAUAUCGGUUAACAAUUUUUUUUUAGUUUACUCAGGGGUCAGUAAGCUUUUAAAGUAAAGGGCUGGAAUGACAAAAAAUCCCUUAUUACGACGCUGUUUUCGAGGGGUUUUAAUUAGUACGUGUACCCAAGUUUGAAUAUGUGAUGACGCAUGCUACCACUCUGCACGUGUCCGGAUAGGAGUUAAAUAGGAGAGCCUAUAUUAUCCCUCAGAAGGGCUUCGGAUCCUAUCCCAUUGCAGAGCACAGAAGAAUCAAAGCAGCAUCAUCGAAGAAUUGUUUAAAGUAUAUCUUUGCCUUAGACAU